UUAAUGUGUGAGGAAAAAAAAAAGAGCGAAAAUUUCUUGGAUUAAUAAAAACAGACCAGGAAUUGAGUUUCUUGAUGUUUAAGUGAUUAAGUCUACAGCAGACCCAUGAAAUUAUCUGGAAAGUAAAGUAAAACCACGUAGUUUUUUACAAAGUCCCGCUGUUUUGCAAGUAAAGCAACAGCUAAGUACCUGACACAAGCCCCGGCCCACGAUUUCCAAAACUCUCCUUUCUCUUGCUUUUCUCUCUCCUUCCUCUACUAUAUAAAGAGCAGCCUUGGCAGUCUCUUUUGCGCAUAAAAUCUUCUUAAUUCUAUAUUUCUCUCUCUUUUUUUGUGUUUUCUCUGACUCUUUUGAGUAUUAUCAGUGUAGUUAUUUCUGCAAUGGCCUCAGGUUCGAGCUGGACACCAAAGCAAAACAAAUUGUUUGAGAAUGCUUUAGCUAUCUAUGACAAGGAUACUCCGGACCGCUGGCACAAUCUAGCCAGGGCAGUUGGAGGGAAAACUGUGGAGGAAGUGAAGAUACAUUACGAGAAUCUUGUCGAAGACAUCAAGCAGAUUGAGUCCGGCCAAGUUCCCUUACCCCCUUACAAGAAAGCAGGAGGAAGCAAAGGAUACAAUUACAUGGAUGAAGAACAAAGGAUGAGGAAUCUCAGGCUUCAGUGAAGUAUGAACCAGAACCAGUAGAAACAAAGAUCUUAACCAUUAAUAAAUCAAAUGCAGCCCUGCGCAACAAACAGCGAAUAUGUUGCUCUUAUGUCGUUUUCAGUUCCUGAUCAAAGUUGUACCUUCCUAUAUAUACUUCUUUCCUGCAUGUUGCUUCGUUAAAUGUACCGUGUAUAUGACUCAUAACUCAUAUAGCAUUGGUAUAUGACUCAAAGUUCCUUGUAUGCUCCUGUACGUUUUUAAUGAA